UCUGAGGGGCGCGAACGGAGCUUCCAGAGGUUCAUCGUGACUGGACAUUGAUUCUGGUGUGAAUGGCGGGUGCUGAUUGAAUCACCGAGGAUAUAUGAAAAUGGAAAAUUAUGAGGCAUUUGUAGGCUUUGAUCCCUGUAAGAUACCGCUCUCCAGUGUUGCUCAGAAGAUUAUGUCUGCUCUGCACUCAGGUGACUUAGCGGAGUCUAAGCAUUGGAGAGGAAGUGAAAAGACUGCAGAAGUGAUGAACAAAUCCUGUGUUAAGUGUUCGGUACUUCUUGAAGAUGGGAAGAAUCAAUCACUGCAAAAAACGAAUCUAAAUUCUUUUACAAGCCAGACGUCCCGAGCUUCCAUCAAGCUCUGUCAUCGGCCCACCAGUGUCGGACUCUCCGACCAGCUGUCUGCUGGCCCAGACUGGACGAGUGACAGCUCACUGGCGCCGCCCAGCAGUCUCCCUCCGCCAUGGAGGCAGGAGGCUUCGGUUCUGCAGGAAAUGGGAUGUAAAAGAAAAUUCCUAAAGGAAGAUACAAGUAAUGAAAAGAGAGAAAGCUUGAAUCUUAAAAGAAAACAGGGUUCACAUAAGUUUUCAGGGGGAACAAGCAAACGCGUGGCAUCGGAAGCAGAGGCUGCUGAGGUCAAAGCCUGCCUUAAUCAUGGGGGCCCAAGCGCCUACGAAAGCCAUCUUUGUGAUAGUAGGUAUUUGGAUGAUUUGGAGCAAAGCCAAGUGAUAGAAAAGCUCCAGGCGGCCGAGGCCCUGGUGGUGACGCUGAUGUAUGAGGAUGGUUCGACCCAGCUGGCAGGGGACCGGGUGAGUGCGCAGCGUCCCCUGUGCUGGCCAGUUCUGUGUCUGUGCCACCACACAGAGACCUGCUGUCACAGUUCUCUUUAUUUCUAUCCAGGCCUUUUUCUCUGCUUAAUUAUAAAGCCUAUCUUUCUCAAAUUCAUGCAUUGUUUAUGUUUAAUUUUGAAACUUUAUUUGUAUCUGCAGGCUCUGGUUUCCUCUGUUAAAGGCAUUGUGAUGUUACUGCAGAGCCAAACAGUGGGCAGUGGGCCCCGGGACUCCUCAGGCGCUGGUGCGGCCCCGGGGGAAGGCCCCUCACUCAGUGAGCAGUGCAUCUACAUCGAAACGGGGCGCUCCUCUCCUGGGGGCCACGAGCAGGAGGCUUAUAAUCAGUUUGCCAGGAAAGUGCUGUUCCACACGCUGAGAUGUAAACGUCCUGUUGUUUGUUUUAAUGCCAAGGAGUUUGUGAGAACCGUGCUGCAGUGUUUCGGUAACGAGGGCAGUUGGAAGCUCGUCGUGCAUUUUGUAGGGCUAGACCCCAGAAUUGCUGCAUGGCUCAUAGAUCCUGAGGAUGCCGCACCCUCAUUUGAAGAUUUAGUGGCAAAAUACCUCGAAAGCUCCAUUUCUGUCACAGUGAGCAGCACAUACGGGAAUUCCUCAAGAAGCGUGGUGAACCAUAAUGUACAUGUGAACCUGAAGAUACUCUACAGACUCACGAUGGGCCUUUGUUCCCAGCUGAAGGUUUACGGUUUAUGGCAACUAUUUUGUACUUUGGAGCUUCCGCUGAUACCGAUUUUGGCAGUGAUGGAAAGCCAGAGCAUCCAUGUGAACAGAGACGAAAUGGAGAGGACCUCAGCACUUCUUGGGUCUCGUCUCAAGGAAUUGGAGCAAGAAGCUCAUUUUGUUGCAGGAGAACAGUUUCUUAUAACAAGUAAUAAUCAGCUUCAAGAGAUCCUCUUUGGCAAGCUGAAGCUGCACCUGCUGAGUCCCAGGGACCCUCUUCCCAGAACGGGGCCUCGGGGGCUGCCGUCCACGUCAGAAGCCGUGUUAAAUGCCCUGCAAGACCUUCAUCCAUUACCCAAGAUAAUUUUGGAGUAUAGACGGGUUCACAAGACCAAGUCAGCCUUCGUGGACGGAUUACUAGCUUGCGUGAAAAAGGGCUCCAUUUCCUGUACGUGGAACCAGACUGGAACCGUGACCGGAAGACUUUCAGCGAAGCAUCCGAAUAUCCAAGGUAUUUCCAAGCACCCAAUUCGGAUUACUAAACCGCAGAAUUUUAAAGGUGCGGAGGGCGGAGUGCUCACCAUCUCCCCGAGGAGCAUGUUGGUGUCACCGGAAGGCCACACCUUCCUGGCAGCAGACUUUUCACAGAUUGAAUUGCGCAUUCUUGCACACUUAUCUGGGGAUCCGGAACUUUUGAAGUUAUUCCGGGAAUCUGAAAAAGAUGAUGUAUUUUCUGCCCUGACUUCACAGUGGAAGGACGUUCCCGCUGAACGGGUGACGCGCGCAGACAGAGAGCAGACCAAGAAGGUGGUGUACUCGGUGGUCUACGGAGCAGGGAAGGAGCGGCUUGCCUCGUGCCUUGGAAUCACUGUGCCGGAAGCUGCCCAGUUUUUGGAGAGGUUUUUGCAGAAGUACAAGAAAAUCAAGGACUUUGCCCAAAUAACUGUUGCCCAGUGUCACCGGACAGGCUAUGUGGCAUCCAUCAUGGGCCGAAGGAGACCACUGCCGAGCGUCCGCGCACAAGACCAGCGGCUCCGGGCACAAGCGGAGCGGCAGGCGGUGAACUUCGUGGUGCAAGGCUCGGCUGCAGACCUAUGCAAGAUGGCCAUGAUCCACAUCUUCACUGCAGUGGCCACGGCCCCCACCCUGACGGCCAGGUUGGUCGCCCAGAUCCACGACGAGCUGCUAUUUGAGGUGGAAGAUUCUCAGAUCCCAGAGUUUGCAGCUCUCGUCAGGGGCACCAUGGAGUCCCUGCAACACGUGCAGGCCUCGGAGCUGCACCUGCAGGUGCCCCUGAAGGUGAGCCUGAGUGCCGGCCACUCGUGGGGACACCUGGUGCCGCUGCAGGAGGCCCCGGGCCCGCGGCCCAGCCCACGUCCUGCGGACUCUCCAAGCAGCCGCCCAGCCCCCGCCAGCCCCCGCGCCAGCGCCUACCCCCGGUGUGCACAUUUUUCCCCUUCAUUUUGUCUGUAGCCCCGGGCAACAGUGGGAGGACAGAACUGGUUUCCACCAGCCCGUCUCGUGGCCAUCCCCAAGGUCAGCACUGGGCACUUCCUGCUGGCU